UCUUCUUCAUCAUAUUUCCAAUUGUAUUUGUUAUCCGUAGUGGUUUCUUCUAAUCGAACAAGAAGAAGAAGAGAAACAAAAUGCACCAAAACGUUUUGAUGUUGAAGAGAUGCAGCUAUCGCUCCUAUAAGAAUGCCUGGAGCAACGGUGCCGUAUGACGUUAAUAAAACUCCUUCUUCCCUUGGACAACUCCGCAAACCUGUCACGAAAUUAUCCCUUUGAAGAAGAAAUGCCUGGAAUAAGGCGGGGUACUAUUACUCACGAUGUAUCAUAUUAUCUUAUCAGUUUAGCGAUGAUAGGUUUCACUAUAUCUCUGGAUAGGUGUGGUAUUAUACUUUGUCGAAUGAAGUCGUGGAGGUACAGCACAUUCAUUCAAAAGACUGACUGAAAAUCGUUUGCAGUAAGUAUUUAAUCAUUUUUUUGUGAGCUUAACAAUCUUGAGCAUAUUUAUUCAUCGAGUGAAGAAUUGAAUGUUUUGAAUACUUUUAUAACAUGUUAUUUCGUGUUAAUCUUUACCACCUCUUCUCUCUUCUCGAAUCAGUUAAUUAGUUUUAAGUAUUUGCUUUUUAUUUGGAAUCCAUAGGUGAGCAAGAUGGCAAGAUUUUUCUGUUUCUUUCUCCUGAUCGUACUCGGUGUGUACGCACAGGAAAACGCGGAUCAGAUUUUAUCGCCCUCCCUGCAAGAGUGUUACAAGGACAAAUAUCUGGUGCAAAGGGACAACAGACUGCCACAUACAUUGAACACGUUCCUCUCGAUUCUUCGUAAAAUCGAAAAUGUCGACGGCCUCAACAUGGAUCUAAGAAUGUUAUCCGUUGCGCUCUUGCACCGUUUUCGACAAGAUGGUAUCAAGCGUUUUGCGGUUCGCGAGCAAGAUGGAAUCACGCCUUACGCGCCGGAUAGACCUGAAUUUUAUCGUCACAGAAUAACUCUGAAAUAUAUACCAGGAAAUGCUAUAACGUUUCCUAAUAAUAGCAUUACGGCUGUUGAAAGAUGUACAUUACACUUCAUGUUAUCGGACACCAUCGAAGAGUACCAAAGAGGCGAUGAAGGGAAGGUGUGCAAAUCCUCCAGUCGGUAUAGAUACGCGAGAAACGCUAAGAUAAAGAAUAGUACGGACGUCGAUGGUACUGCAGACGACGUGGAAACUUUUACACCCGCUGUAAUAAAGAAAAAUGAGAAAGAUCCGAACACAUUGUACCCGGAUAAAGAACCUCUUACGGAGCCACCGCGGAGUAAAUGUCCUGUGCAAUCUGGUGUCGUGGAAACCCCAUGGGGUACAGCUUCUUUCGGAUUAGUGCUCGCAGGAAUAGCUGCGGGUACGCAACCGGAAGCGAGUACAGUUUACGAUUUUCAACGAUUAGUGCUAAGGGAAAACAUAAACGAAACAGAUAGAACGAAAGAGUCUGUACACAAUGAGUGGUUUGCUACCCUCGCCGGAGACUUGGCUGAAGUAGCUUUAAUACAAGGACCAACCUCAGGAGAUCAGCUGUCCGUUGGUGUAGAUGGUGUCUGGAAUUCCACCGCUUUACCGCGGUGGUUUUUCUUGAAUUCGGACGAGAAUUUCGAAAUGACAGCACCAGAAAUUAGAGGAGAUCUAGAUGGUUUGAUUUUGGCCAAAGAAAUCAACAAGGGCUACAGUGUCAACAAUAAACUGAGACUUUCGCAAAUUUUUGAUAUGUAUUACAGUCGGCAAGGAUUCUUCGACUCUUCGAUCACAGCAUGCAAUCGUAAAACAUUAUUCUCAGCCGUUGCCCCUAACGUAACAAUGUCCAGCGAGGCUUUCGGCGCUGCUAUUUUGUUAAAUAAGUACAUAAAAACAAGCGGAACGAUCGAUCGUCCGCUAAUUAAGAAAUUUGCCAUACAAGCAGUAAAUGCUUUAGUAUCAUUCGUGCCUACAAUGGACAUUUACAAUUUAUGUGAAACUGAGAGAUAUAAUUCGAAUUCAAUUUCCGCCGAUUUGACGAUCAUUCUGGAUACGAAUUGGGAGUUUUCCCAGAUAAUACCUACCCUUGCAAAUUUGUUGGAAAAGGUGGAGGUGAAUCCAUAUAACACAAACUUCACAUUAAUAAACGGUCAUGAUGGGACCAUUAUGAUCCACAGCACCUCCAGCAUUCUGGACUUUUACUCUUAUAAUUCAUCCUUUUACCAGAAUUUAACUAAAGGUUUCGAUUUGCCCAAAUCGCUGAAGCAAUUGGAAGACUAUCUGUUAAACAAGCUUGAUAACGAACGCGAUCGUGGUAUUGCCGGUGCAAGAUCCGACGUUGUGUUAAUCAUUCCACGAAGCAAUGUAUUAUCUCCUAACGACAAAGAGUACUGUACACAGACUCUUUCGCGGUUACGAGAAUCAGUCCCAGAUACGACUGUACUUAUUGCAACAUCUGGUUCUAAAGACAUAUGGUCAGAUUUGGUACAACAUUCUGAAACCGAUUUAUUUACUAUUAGCGUUGGAGAUACGCAAGAGAGUGCGCGUUCUAUAGAUAACGUGGUUGCAAGAAUACAAGAGGUUCCCAAGCGCUUGAUUAAUACCCAAUGUGGAUCGACUUUUAAAUCAUCCGGAACAAGCAACUCAUACCAGGACUAUAUUUUACCAAAUCAAGCUAUUAAUAUCUAUAAAUUGGCUCCAAAUUAUUUUUAUAACGGAGAUAACACCGCAACGAUAACUAUUAAAGUCUCUAGCUCGGAUAAUCUCGUCGUGUGUUCGGCACGGGAACCAUUACGGCCCUAUAAUGAUACGGUGCAGUCAAAAUCGUGCGCAUCAGUAUUAAACGAAGGACACAGCAUUACAGUCUCUUGCGCUGGUGCCUCUUACAUAUAUAAAUGUGCACCGCUAUAUAUUUCGGUAACUUCAAACUCCACCUCUUCGUUCCAAUGUACAGAUGCUCGAGUUUGUAGAUAUCCUAAUAUGAUAAAGUACACCAUAUCCUACGAGAACCUGGUCUGCGCCAGUGACGCGACUAAAAUCGCUGUUAAUUCCUUUCUUUUAAUGAUAGUUUUAGUUUUCUUUAAUCUAUAAUGACUAACAAAUUUUACACAGUAUAAUACACUUAAUUUCAUUAUUUCAUGUAGUAACCGUUAGGAGUUGGAGUUCAAAUUCAUACUAUUAACAAUUAAACCUUUAGCUCGAAGAAAUUUGCUCGUUAUUUAUAAUUCGAAUGUUAGACAACAGAUCGCAAUAUAAAAAUCAUAAAAAAGUAUUCACGCAUUUUUAUA